UUAUAAGUUACAGUAUUUACUAUUUACUACGUGUUAUUUAAAUGUUUCGCAAGAAAGAUGUUAUUAAAGCGAUCUUCGGUGCUGUGCAUUCAUCUACGGAAGCAUCCAUUGCAUCAAAUGCAUCAUCCAGAGUACAGAGAUUCAGGGAAUUAUUAAAUAAAAACAGUGACAAUGACAUACUCACAGACUCCUUUGGGCGUCAUCAUACUUAUUUACGAAUUUCAAUUACAGAACGAUGUAAUCUUCGAUGUUUGUACUGUAUGCCAGCAGAAGGAGUUAAGUUGACUAAAAAUGAUGGUAUUUUAAGAAUAGAUGAAAUACUUAAAAUAGCUGAUUUGUUUGUAAAAGAGGGUGUGCAUAAAAUACGUUUAACAGGUGGUGAGCCAACUGUUCGCAAAGACAUUGUUGAUAUUAUUGCUGGUUUGAAACAAUUGCCUGGUUUAAAAGAAGUUGCCAUUACUACCAAUGGCUUAACAUUAUCGCGUCAGUUACCAGCCCUUCAAAGAGCAGGAUUAGAUGCGAUAAAUAUUUCGCUAGAUACAUUGAAAGAAAGUCGUUUCGAACAUUUCACUCGUAGAAAGGGUUGGUCUAGAGUUAUAGCAGCCAUAGACUUGGCUGUCCAAUUAGGCUACAAUCCUACAAAGGUAAACUGUGUGAUAAUGAAAGGUUUUAACGACGACGAGUUAAUCGAUUUUGUGAACUUAACAAAAGAUUCUCCAAUCGACGUACGUUUUAUCGAAUACAUGCCUUUUCAAGGGAACAAGUGGAACGAGAAUAAAAUGGUCUCUUUCGAUUCUAUGAAAAAAUUGAUUAGAGAAACUUAUCCUGAUCUCCAACGUCUUCCGAACGAGUAUAACGAUACGUCCAAGGCAUACCACGUUCCUGGAUUUACGGGGCAAAUCGGAUUUAUUACGUCGAUGAGCGAACAUUUCUGUAGUUCGUGCAAUCGGUUACGAAUAACAGCAGAUGGAAAUUUGAAGGUCUGUUUGUUCGAGGGAAAAGGAGAAGUGUCCCUUCGAGAUGCUUUACGCAGCGGCGUGUCCGAGGAUGUUUUGAAAGAAAUGAUCGGUACUGCUGUGCGACGUAAAAAGAAGCAACACGCGGUUGAAAAGAGACGCAUGCACGUCAGAAGUCAUAAAGAUAGGCGAAGGGAUGCGCGGCACGAAUAUCUGGCACGCUCGGUUCUUCCGUUUAAGGGUUAUGCGAACGUGAGAAUGUUUUCCUCUCUGUCUCACGUGGACGAAAGUGGUAAAGCAAGCAUGGUAGACGUGGGUUCGAAAGCCGAAACUAAGCGUGUCGCGAUAGCAAGAGGUUAUGUCCAGGUCGAUAAGAUUGUAAGCAAAUUAAUAGCCGAAAAUAAUAUAAAGAAAGGGGACGUGCUGUCCGUGGCGCAAUUGGCGGGCAUUAUGGGUGCCAAACGUACUCCUGAUUUGAUACCGUUGUGUCAUCCGCUCUCCAUAUCUUACGCAAACGUGCAUCUGCAUUUAAACGAAGAGCUGGAUCGAGUAGAGAUCACAGCGGAAGUUAGAUGCACCGGAAAGACUGGUGUAGAAAUGGAAGCUUUAACAGCCGUGACUAUCGCGGCGUUAACAGUUUACGACAUGUGCAAAUACGCGGCCUCCCCGGCCUCGAUGAAGAUAAGUAACGUAGAGUUAGUAUCGAAAACCGGUGGUACAAAGGGUGAUUUCCUUAGGAAUUAAUUGAGUAUAGAUUCCAGUAUUAAUACAUCGGUUUAUUGGAUGUACCGCGGUGUACUAAAGUUGGGUUGCCUAAUUCAGUUUGUAUCAAACUGUGGUUCGCGAAUCUGUUUGCCAAGAGUUGCCCGACACUGGCACGUUGUGGAAUAUAGUUGAGGUAUCUUGGUACUUAGACUACUCAAUGUGAUUAUUAUUCAACAUCCGGUGCUUUUGUACAUUCUACUAUUGAACGCUCAAUUGUUGUAACGUACAAAUUUGAUCGCGUUGCGUGGGUGUUGAUAAAAGGUAACGGUGCACACCGCGUGUGUGUUACGUAUUUAUAUAUCACGUACCUGGAUGGAUACGAAAAAUAUGGAACUUCGACUCGUACCGUUUAUUCAACAUACAUAUAUUUCUGUUGAUUCGGUAAUGUAGUUUAUAUUCCUAGAAUUAUAUAAAGUUUAUUUUUUUAUACAUAUAUAUAUACAAUCAUUUUACGAUAAUGUUGGACAAUUUAUAUACCAAACGGUAAUCGAUAUGUAUGGUUGGGUUGUUGAAUAAAUUAUCAAGAUUC